AUGCCAUGGCUCACAGAAAAUCAGCGUGUCCGCGCCCAGGGUAUGCUGGAGACUGGAAUGGCCCAAAAUGAAAUGAUCUGUGGCCAUGAGAUUGAACUACCCAAGUCUGAACAGGACCUGGUUAUUGUCAAGGACAGAGGAGGAAAGGCGUACACUUUACAACGCUAUGAUGGCGUCUAUUACAACAUCUUCUACUGCGCGGCUCACCUUAAGCAAAUCAAAGGAUUUAAACUGCGUUCGGACGAUGUCUACUUUGCUGGAUAUUUGAGGACAGGCACACACUGGACGUAUGAAAUGAUGAGCAUGCUCCUGAGGGGGAAAGCUGAAACCGCCGCUCUGUGGAAAGGGAUGAACCAAUUAGAGAUUGUGGAAGCUGCAGCCCUGGACGCACUACCGUCUCCACGCAUAUUAAAUACUCAUUUGAAUUUGCUUCAUGCUCCCGAUGAUCUUAAAGAGAAGAAAUGCAAGAUUGUGUAUACCCUCAGAGACCCGAGGGAUGUUGCCGUGUCCAUGUAUAACCUGAGUCGUAGUGGGUCUGUUGUGACCAACUAUACUGGAGACUUCAAGGAUUAUCUGUACCUCUUCCUUGAAGGGAAAGCUGAUGUCAAUGGGUACUUUAAUCACAUGAAGAGUGCUGAAAAGUUUCUUCAACAACAUCCAGACAUCCCUGUGCUCACAGUAGUAUAUGAGGAGAUGCUUACGAAUAAGCUGAUGGCAGUUGAAAAGCUGGCAAACUUUCUUGGCGUCCCGAAGAAUGUUGAUCUGUUUGAAGCUGUUGUAGAAAAAUGUCAGUUUUCGAAAAUGGUGGUUGACAAGAGUGCAUACACUUUAAAGUUCAGUGGAGAAAACACUAUUUUCCGGAAAGGCGUGAGUGGUGAUUGGAAGAACUGGUUCACUGACGAAUUGCUGGAGGACUACUUCCGUGUGUACGAAGAACAAAUGGCCGGCUCGAGAUUCUAUCGUGAAGAAUAUGGACGACAGAAGUAGUCGGUCGGAAAGUUCAUAAUGCGAGACUGUGUCUUUUAGGAAUAAUUUUAAACAAUAGAAUGGAUACUUUAAUCAGGUAGAAUAUAUAUACAAACAGAUAGUACAUAUAAAGAAGUACCGUAUGUACAUUGUAACUGUGCAUGCCCUUUGUCAUACGAUUUGUUUUCGUGAGCAAAGUUAUUAAAGAAUUAGUGACCAUGUAUUAAACGUUACAAAUUCAAAUUCUUUGUGCAAGGAAAUUUACCUUCAAUAAAACUAAAAUGUGGUG